AUGAAAGACCCAGGGAGUUUCCAAAUCCCCUGCAUCAUAGGGGAUAUCAAUAUUGAGAAGGCCUUAUGCGACUUGGAGGCUAGCAUCAAUCUCAUGUCCUUGAACAUGAUGAGAAGGAUGAGAAUUGAAGAAGCCAAACCAACAAGAAUGGCACUCCAACUAGCUGACAGAACAUUCAAGUUUCCACAUGGAGUAGAGGAAGACUUAUUGGUGAAAGUGGGAAAAUUCAUUUUCUCAGCUAACUUUGUUGUGCUGGAUAUAGAAGAAGAGGCUAACACUUCAAUUACCCUAGGAAGGUCAUUCCUAGCUACUACUGGAGUCAUCAUUGAUGUGCAAAAAGGGGAACUAGUCUUGAGAUUGCAUGAAGAGAAGAUGAUCUUCAAUGUCUUCAAGGCAAUGAGUUACCCCAAGGAACCAAUAGGAGAAUGCAUAAUGGUGGACACCAUAGAACAGAUAGUUCAAGGAGUUUUGGAGGAAGAGCAAUGUGAAGGAACUAUGGAAUUAGAGCAACAAACAUCACGUGGAGAACUACCAUAA